AGCCAUCAACGUCUUGAUCGCGCGGGCGCGCGUUUUAAAUUCAUGUUUGUACAUGUUCCAAUAAAAUAAAUACAUCAAUAUAUGUAUAAAAGUUUAUUAUCAAGUUUUCAAACCUAAAAUGAAACUAAGCUAUAACUAAAAAGUUGAUUAUUUUUUCUAAUUACUUAAUUGAGUUAAUUAAUAAUAACUGAUGUGGUUAAUCGUGAUGAUGUGAAAAUAGCAAAGAAAAGACUCGUGUUAGUUAUUGUUAGUGCCUACUUCCGGCGAGAUCAUCAUGCUCUCAUUUAUUCUUCUUCUCACUGUUCUUUCCGCUGAUUUCAUAGGUGCUGAAGAAAGCAGUUCAAAAAAAUUCCGCGACUUCCUCCAAGAGUGGCCAACUCCAGGUACCGGUCCCUAUUUUGAUACAAGCGUCAAUUCAAACAUAACAGGGUUGGUUGGGAAAACUGUUAUGUUACAUUGUCGAGUGAAGAAUUUAGGAAAUCGAACUGUGUCGUGGGUCAGACAUAGAGACAUACAUCUACUCACGGUUGGAAGGUACACUUAUACAUCGGACCAGAGAUUCGAAGCAAUCCAUUCUCCGCAUACUGAAGAGUGGACAUUAAGGAUACGUUAUCCACAACGAAAAGAUUCCGGAAUUUACGAGUGCCAGAUUAGCACAACUCCACCUAUAGGACAUCCCGUCCAUCUUACAGUUGUCGAGCCAAUCACUGAGAUAUUAGGAGGAAACGAUUUGUACAUCAACAUGGGAUCUACAAUCAAUUUAACUUGUCUUGUCCGGUACGCUCCCGAACCACCACCAACAAUGUCUUGGUCUCAUAACUCGCACGCGAUCAAUUUUGAUUCACCGAGAGGAGGAAUUAGUUUGGUAACUGAAAAAGGACCGAUUACAACUACGAGAUUACUUAUACAAAAAGCUGUUCAAGCUGAUUCUGGUGUUUACACCUGCGAUCCAUCAAAUGCCAAUUCAGCGAAUGUUAGAGUACAUAUUUUAGAUGGAGAACAUCCAGCGGCAAUGCAUCAUGGCUGCAGCAGGAGUACUUUUCAAUCGAUCCUAUUAAUUUUCAUCUGCAUGUUCUUCGUGGCCAUUCGAAUGAAUCCAACGUAGCAGUUCAUGUAAAAUUAAACUCUUUUUAAUUCUUUUUGUGGAAAAGAUUAAUUUUUGAAGCGAUUUUAACGGAAUAAACGGUCUAUUAAUGUAAGAUUUGAGACCGAUUUUUAUUGAAAUUUUGUACAUAUCAUUGGAAACCAAUUCAGAUGUUUGUACAGGACGUACCUUACUAUGUUAUAUCGUUCGAAAAAGUAAGAAAAAAAUACGACGAAGUAUAUAUUAUAAUAUAUGGGGAUAUAUUUUGUAAAU